GGUUGCCUAGCAGCGGCGUGUGUUGCUCCGUAGCCCCGGCGGCGGCGGCGGCGCGCGGGCAAUGCCCAAGAAAGCGGUGGUCACCAUACGCUAUGGGCCCUACAGCGCGGUGGGCCUGGCCGUGGAGCACCGCACCUUCCGCCUGGAGGGCUUGCAAGCUGUGUUGAAGAAGGAUGGGCAUGAGGUCGUCCUGGAGAAGAUAGAAGACUGGGACGUGGUGGAGCUGGUGGUGAACGGGGAGGUUGUCUUCCACUGUAACAUUAAGGACCUGGAAUUUGGAGGUGACGGUAAACUCGACCCGCUGUGCGAAGAGGCGAGGGUAGCUGUGCUGAAAGCCUACUGAGCUCCUGGAGCUGCACCUGCAGGCGGCGUGGUGGGGCCGGGCCACCAGGCUCUGCCAGGCCGAACAAAGCGACACCAGCCCGUCCUUUGGCCCGAGCUGCAUCAGGUUUCUGACCUGCUGCAGAGGGACCUGCGAAAAUAAUAAAACCGCAUCCUGGGCGGCAGCUCUCAAUCACGACCCAUAGGGAGAGCCUCCGAUAUCAGGUGCACGAUGAGCUGAAAGAAAUAAUAAAUGCAAUCUAAUAACAGCGCCAUCCCUUCCUAAUAACGCAUCGUUGCCAGAAGCACCUUCGACUCUACCCCGUAGUAAGCGGAGAGCUACGAACAGGAGAAAUUAAAGAGAGGUUGGGGGCGCAGCUGGGAAUAGAGGCCUUUGGAGUCUGAACCGAACGUGGACGUCCGUAUUUGGAAAUCCGGCUGUUCCUGCAGACUCGUGUCUUGCUCCUGGUGCUAUAAGAACCUAAAGUUGCUCAUAGAAAGGUAGCAGAGGGGCAGGCAUUUAGCAGAUCUGCCCGACACCCGCAUCCCAUAGCAGAGUGCCUGGGCUUGAGUCCCAGCUCACAUCCUGAUUCCAGCUGCCUGCCUGUGUGCACCCUGGGAGACGGGGUGAUGGCUCCAGUAACUGAGUCCCUGAACACCCACAUGGGAGACCUGGAUGGAGGCUCCUGGCUCCUGGCUCCUGCCUGGCCCGGCUCCAGCCACUGCAGGCAUUUGGGGAGUGUGAACCACUGAAUGGGCUGUCUCUGUCUCUCUCUCCCUGUCACUUUGCUUUUCAAAUAAAUAAUUUACAAAAAAAAAAAAAAUAGCUCAAACUGAAUCUUCAUUUAUCCUCAUUUAAAACAAGAAGACUGGGGCGGGUGUUGUUAAACCACUGGGGUCACCCACAUUGCAUAUCAGGUGCCCGCUGGAGUCUCAGCUACUCUGCUCCUGAUCCAGCUUCCUGCUAAUGCGUCCUGCAAGGCAGCUGGUGAUGGCCCACUACUUGGGUUCCUGUUACCCAUAAGGGAGACCUGAAUGGAGCUCUGGGCUCUUGGCUUCAGUCUGGCCCAGCCCUGGCUGUUAGGGGCAUUUGGGGAAUGAAUUGAUGAAUGGAAGAUUUCUCUCUCUCUCUCUCUUGCUCUUUGUUACUGUGCCUUUCAAGUGGGUGAGAAUAAAUAAACAUCUACAAGUAAGGCAAGGUAGUCUGCCUCCUGUUGCAUUUGCCAGUAUAGUGGGCUGAAUCUGAGGAAAGCCUGAAAGAAUUGUGGGCAGAAGUAAAAGGAACAGGACGCAGUUCCAGAAAGUGAAAGAGGGGUUUUGCUACCAGCACUUGGGCCAUCUUCCACUGCUUUCCCAGGCCACAGCAGAGAACCGGAUCAGAAGUGGAGCAGCCAGGACUCGAACCAGUGCCCAUAUGGGAUGCCGGCACUGCAGGUGGCGGCUUUACCUGCUACACCACAGGGCCGGUCCCUCGCACCUGAUGCUUGAUGGGCGUGAGAAGGGUUCCUGGGAGAUGCCUGUGCCUGGGGCUCUGUGUUCCUGUCUCAUGCAGAGGUGAAUGAUAUCUGCACCUGUGUUACUGGGAAAAGGCACAGGUGACCAGGGUUA